AUGACUUCUCCAUUUGUUUUGGUGAAGAUUCUAAAACUAUAUCAAAAGGAAUAUUAUGAUGAAUAUGUUUUGCCUUUAUUACGUAAGCCAAAAAUAACAUUCGAUAUCAAACUUGAUGACUCGUUUUUGAUAACAGAUAUUAGACGCAAGGCUGAAAAUCAUCAGUAUAAAAACAGUUCUGAAGUAAUUGAGGAUUUAUCACGUGUAAUCCGUUUUGUAGAUUGUGGAAACAAAUAUUUCAUUCAAAAGGACUAUAAUAUCCACGACAAAAUGAAUCAAAUAUCAUUCGUUCUUCAAUCAAACAUGAAAGAGUCACUCAAAAUGAUUAAAUUAUUUAAAGAAGAAGGUAAAACAAUAACAGCAUGGGACGUACUACUAAAUCAAUUGUCUACAUUAACCGUUAAGGGUGUUUGCUUUAAAUCUGAUUCCCCAGAUGUUUUCUCAACGUUUCAGGGUUAUAAAUACAACAUUCUCGAAAAGCUUGAUUACUCAAAAAUUGAGAUGUUUAUGAAUUUCAUUAAAGAAGUCGUUUGUGAUAAUAACGAUGAAGUGUAUAAAUACCUUCUCGGCUGGAUUGCAUCAAUGAUUCAACAUCCAGGAAUCAAGAAUGAAACAGCAAUUAUUUUGAAAGGACUUCAAGGAACAGGUAAAAACAGAUUUACAGAUAUUAUUUCUGAACUUCUCGCUGGUUAUUCAUGCAAAAACAUUACUGAAAUAGGUGAGCUAACGGGUAAUUUCAACUCAGUAGUUGAGAAUAAAAUGUUUCUUGUACUUAAUGAACUCAAGAAUGUAGGUGAAGACAGACUCGCAAACUUCAACGCUUUGAAAUCAAUUAUAACGGAUAAUGAGAUUAGAAUUAAUGAAAAGAAUCAACCCAGAAGAACUGCUCAGAACGUUGCAAACUUCAUUUUCGUAACUAAUAACGUUUACCCUGUCAAAAUUGAAGUUGGAGACAGAAGAUAUGUAGUUUUAAGAGUUAAUGGUAAAUUUAAGGGUCAAUUUGAUUACUUCAAGAAUUUGAUGAAUUCAUGCACUAAGGAAUUUUAUGAUAAUUUACUGACAUAUUUUAUGCAAUAUGACCUUUCAUCAUUUAAUGUACGAAUCAUUCCGAUGACUGAAGCCAAACAAGAUUUAAUUGAAUUAUCAACAAAUCCUUUAGAUGUAUGGAUAAAUACACAUUAUGAUGAAUU